GCCUGCUGCCCCUGGACACCUGUCACCAUGUGGUUCCUGGUUCUGUGCCUCGCCCUAGUCUUGGGGGGCACUGGUGCCGCUCCUCCGAUCCAGUCUCGGAUUGUCGGAGGCUAUGAGUGUGCGAAGAAUUCCCAACCCUGGCAGGUGGCUAUCUACCAUUACAGCCGCUUCCAAUGUGGGGGCGUCCUGGUGAACCCCCAGUGGGUGCUCACAGCUGCCCACUGCUACAGCGAGGAGUACCAGCUCUGGCUGGGUCGCCACAAUCUGUUUGAUGAUGAAGAGUCCGCUAGGCACAUGCUCGUCAGCGAAAGCUUCCCACACCCCAACUUCAACUUCAGCCUCUUGAAGAACAACUCGAACCACCCCGGGGAUGACUACAGCCACGACCUGAUGCUGCUGCGCAUGGCUCAGCCCGUGGAGCUCACGGAUGCCAUCCAGGUCCUGGCACUUCCCACUAAGGAGCCCGAGCUGGGGAGCAUCUGCACUGCCUCAGGUUGGGGCAGUAUCGAGCCCCUUCAGUUCCAGUACCCAGAUGAUCUCCAGUGUGUAGAUUUGAAGCUCCUUUCUAACGAAGUGUGUGCAAAGAUACACCCCAAGGAUGUGACAGAAUUCAUGCUGUGUGCUGGCUGCCUGGAAGGAGGCAAAGACACCUGCGUGGGUGACUCAGGGGGCCCAUUGGUCUGCGAUGGUGUGUUGCAAGGUAUCACGUCAUGGGGCCACGUCCCGUGUGGCAGUCCCGCCAUCUACACCAAAGUCAUAGAGUUCAUGGACUGGAUAAGUGAAACUAUAGAAGCAAAUUCCUGAAGCUCCCACUGUCCCCUACUCCCAAUAAAACUCAAGCUGCAUCCAA